AUGCCUCGUCACAACAGGUCUUGGGCCAAUGUUCUUGGAUUGAACAAGAGUCCUGGCAGCCACCAUCACGACAAUUGGUGGCACGAGCGCCGUCACUUGCUACCACGCUAUCACAAUCGCAUAAUCGAGUCUUCCGUCCCCCCAAUCGAGGUCACCAAGGUCGCUGUCCGCCUGCGCCGAUUGAUCGAGGAAUGUGUUCCCUGUGAGCUCGAGGAAAGCCUCAUCACCAAACCUCACAGCAAAGUCAUCACCAACAAGGUCAUCAAGGCCGCCAAGGAGGCUGGUGGGUCUGAAUAUGGAGCCUGUGUCGUCUUUUGUUUGCUUGUUUGCAAAAGGUGGUUCUCGCAUCAAUCCUCAGUAGAGCUUUGGGAUGCCGAUCUCCACUUGGUCAGAGGUGUUGCAUGUGAGGUUAUCGCAAAGGCUAUAAUCGAGCAGGAAGAAGAUGUAGAGUAUCUCCAGCAUAAGGUGCUACUUAAGCGGUACUCAAUCACCAUCAACGGGGAGGAUAUGCCCGCGGCCAACGUCAUUGAACGCGCCGUCGAUCUGCAUGCCCUUCGAGUCAUUGGCUCCUCCGGCUAUCAGAAAUGUAUCAGUCAUCUUUGGCGCGGCUGGCUGGUCCAGGACGAAGACGAUCCCUCCAAUUUUGUCGACUACCAUGACAAAGCCAACACUCGCUUCCUCGUCCACAUGGACCCCGAUCGCAUGCGCGCCCCAAUCUACCAGAACGCAGCCCAGCUCGUGAUUUCAUUCAUCUACCUGGGCUUGUACACGGGUGCCAUCAGCACGGUCAAUCGCAGCGGCGAACUUGACAUCGUCGAGGGUCUCAUGUACCUCUUUACUGUCGGUUUCAUUUGCGACGAGAUCACCAAGGUCUGGAAGGCGGGCUAUCGCAUCUUGGGGUUCUGGAACGCUCUGAACAGCGUUCUCUACGGACUGCUGAUGAUCAGCUUGGGCAUUCGUUUCUUCGCCUUCACCAAGCCUGUCAACGGCCCAGCCCAGGACGAAGACGGCAAGACUGAUCGUGAGCAGCUCAACGAGCUCAGCUACAACUUUUUGGCCGUCAGCGCACCUCUCUUCUGGAUCAGGCUUUUGCUCUAUCUCGACACUUUCCGCUUCUUUGGCGCCAUGCUGGUCGUUCUCAAGGUCAUGAUGAAGGAAUCCAUCAUUUUCUUCGCCUUACUUACCAUUAUAAUCAUUGGCUUUUUCCAGAGCUUCAUCGGCCUGGAUUACGCAGACGAUCACGCCCUCAGCGACACGGGAUUCAUCAUUCAAUCCAUGGCCAACGCCCUCAUGCAGAGCCCUGACUUUAGCGGCUUUGAAAAGUUCAGCCACCCGUUCGGCAUCAUACUCUACUACUUCUUCACCUUCAUCGUCAUGGUCAUCCUGCUCAAUGUGCUCAUUGCGCUGUACAACUCUGCCUACGAGGACAUCUACGACAACGCAGACGACGAGUUCCUGGCGCUGUUUGCACAAAAGACGAUGCAAUUCGUGCGCGCCCCCGACGAGAACGUAUACAUUGCGCCGCUAAACCUCAUUGAGGUGUUUCUGGUCGCGCUGCCCUUUGAGUGGUGGAUGGAGAAGCGCAUGUACGAGCGGCUCAACGACAUCGUCAUGGCGGUCCUGUACUCGCCGCUCCUGCUCUUCACGGCCAUGUUUGAGAUGAAAGCCGCCGGCGAGAUCAGGGCCAACCGGUCGCGCGGCGAAGAGGACGACGACGUGCAGGAGGAGUGGGAGCAGAUAGAAGACGAACUCGAUUUCGAGAGCGAUGGGUGGAACAAGACUGUCAGUAUGGCCAAGGCUAACGUCGAGGAGGAGCCGGCCGUUUUGGAGGUGCAGCAGCUGCGGGAAGAGGUCAAGGAGCUGAAGGCGAUGCUUAUCGAGCUCGGGCGGGCUGUAGGGGCUGCCAAGCUGGGCGGCAGCGAGACCACUGGGUCAACCAAUGGUGCCGAGGGUGUCAAGACUGGUGGGGACGAGGAGUAA